CGAAUACAUAGUCCAAUGCGUAAAAAAUUUAUAAUUUCGUAUAUGCCACAGUAAACUAUAAAACAAUUCAAGUUACGCACACGUAAUUGGUAGGUACGAAGAGGAUGUUUAGAUUCUACAAAAGACGAUAAGCAAACCGCAUGGUAACCAAGUUACGCGACUGAUAAAGGCACAACCCAAGGCAUUAUAAAUACAUUUUGUACAGUUCUGUCGUUUACGGAGCGCAAGUUAGCAGUGGUUCGCAAGUCUCUGUCAUCUAGAGUAUUAUUUAGGGUAAUAAAGCUCGCUGCCGUUCGCGAGACAAUGCGAGUCUUAUUUGGAUUCCGAACAGAUGAUUACUAAAAUUUGCAUAAUCUUGUAGCGGUGUACGCGUGAUUAAAAUCCAAAUUCAUUUAUUACUUGGGUCGCGAGGGUCGUACGCCAAGAGAGGUGGAGUUUGAAAAAUUUUCCUGGUUCGUACACACACAUUGUGCGAUAUUCUCGGUCCGUGAUUGGCCGAAUGAAGUAGCCGAAAUCUCCAAUGUUGAAUUAGAUGGGUCAAAACAUCGGUGACUGAUCAGUAGAACUUGUAUCAGGAACGUGUCCAGAUGUGGAAACGGGAAACAGUGGUCAAGGCUGAUUGAAAAGAGUUUUACAGAUGGAUACUACAAGUGGAUAAUUAAAUAAAGGUUGAGCAUUAGAAGAGUGUUAAGAGGCAGUGGAAGACGUUAUAAUACUUUCUGCGACGCAACUGCGACAUUAUAAAAUACCUACUACACGAUUGGACUUGUUAUUCAUGACACGGGACGAACAACAAUAUGUCGAUCUUUGAUGAUCUGUUUUUUGAUGUAAACUACACGGAUUUUAAAUCUGAAGUAUCGUUAAACAAAGAUAAUGAAACUCAAAGAAGAAAUAUCGAAAUUCCUCAUUUGGAUAUUAAACUGGAAGACCCAAACGGAGAAUCGGAUGAUAGUAACAAAGAGAACAGCAACGAAGAUUUGGAAAAUUGGAGAAAAAAACCGGUAAAUCAAUGGGAUGAAAAAGACACAAAAAAAUGGUUAAUUUCGACGAUAAUCGUGGAAUUGAGGGAAUCUUACGACGUCUGCUGCAGGAGUGAAAAACUUGUUAUGCCAGGACAAGAACUUCUAAGACUGUCGAAAAAUAAUUUUAUAAAUCUCUGUGGAACCAUCGGAAGUAGGCUUUUCGAAUUGUUGCCGAAGCAAAGCGCCCCAAAGACUCGUCAUCGCAAAAAAAGUCCGAAUAUCCAUACCAGACAUUGGCAGAAAAAAAAGGUAGAACAGUGGAAUACGACGGAUACAAAAAAUUGGCUUCUUUGGACAUCUAUAGAAUUGAAUAUUUUUUAUGACAAUAUUUGCACUGUUGCCGAGAAAUUUUCCAUGCCAGGAAAUGAACUUCGGCAAUUAUCGCUGCAAGAUUUCAUCAAUCGUGAUCCGAUUAAUGGGGAAAAGUUUUACGAAUCUUUACGAGAGGAACGCAACGUAAAACAUAACGAUAUUCCAUUCCAACGAUACCGAGUACCGUACUCCGACGACGAGACAUCGGUCGACAGCACAGUCUCGAUUUCUGAUGCAGAAUCGGUGAGCAAUAUAGAUUUGGCAAGAACAAAAGUAGAGCGAAAAGGAAGAUCUGGCAGUCACACAUUGUGGGUUUGGGAAUUUUUACGAGACUUAUUACGCAACCCGAAGUAUUGUCCUGAAUAUGUAUACUGGAAGGAUUACAGCAGAAAAAUUUUUUGUUUGGUUAAAAAUAAAGAAAUAGCACAGAUGUGGAGCAAACGUAAGAAAAUUAAGAGGAAGGAGAUGAACUACGACAAAUUUAGUCGUGCGUUAAGGUAUCAUUAUAAAAAAGGCACUCUUGAAUCCGUUGAUAAGGAGCGUCUUACUUAUCGAUUUGGUCCAGCGGCAACGGGAUUAGAAACUGACGAUCCCAACUUUGAAAAGGCUAGAGUCAAAUACCAGCUCUAAUGAUUUACACGGAUUUUUUUUUUUGAUGAAACAAAUCACGAAGCGAGCAGAAGAAAUUAUCAGAUUUGGAAAUCGUGUUAUUGAAACUAAAAGCGUUGAAAAUAUUAAUGAAAAAAAUAACAGGAUUAUAUUGAUGCGUAAUUUGAAAAUACGGUGUGGACUCAUUGACAGAUCUGUCAAAAUUAUUAAUGCUCUUCAACCGACAGAGCAAAUUUACCUAACGUAUUCUAUAGAACAUAUAACGUUUGCAUAACAUGUUUGAGAGGAUAAGAAAUUUUCACUAAUCCGUCACAGGGACAAUUUUUUUUAUGCUUUUAAUACUAUUUAAAUUUGGUGCGCGAUCGUCUAAUGGAUAUAAAAGUGAAGAAUAAAAAGACGAAAUUAUCGUUUUUACUUGAUUUAUAAUGUAUUCAGCUUCUUGAAGUUUAUUAUACUCAUAGGUAUAAUUACGUACAGCUAGAAUAAUGAUUGUCAAUUCUACAGAGUGAAGAAAUAAAUGCAUAUAAGCCUGGUAAUAAGAUAUUAAAGAAUCCGAUAGGAUUUAUAAAUAUUUUGAUUGAAAAUGAUCUGUAGAGUUUACGUAGUAACGUUUGAUGUACUGUAUUGUAGUAUAUUCGACAACGUUCCGUUUGUCAAAUAUAUAACGCGUUUUUUUCGUUUUUCAUCACGAUAAUGCUAUUAGAUUGAACUUUUAUAAUUUUAAUGAAAUUUGUAAAUUUUACAAUAUGUAUUAUAAUAGAAGUUUAGAAAAUAACAAUUAAAUAUAACUGCGAAUUUUAAAUUUUAUUUUAUUUUUUUACACCUUUUUACUAUAAGUGUAUGGUUAUUAAAAUACAUAAAGGCUUACUACCUCUUUCAAUAUUUGCGUAUAGAUAGGCGUGCGCAAUUAAGAAAUGCUAUUUCGUUGCUGAUCUAAAUUCUCAAUAUAUAUAUAAUCAUCAUUGGAUAUAGAUAUCACAGACGGGCAUUAGACGGAGCCUAGGUAGAUAAAAGCUAAUCUCUUGUAAGAUUUAGGUCUAUAUAAUCCAACUUCAUAGCGUUAUUAUUACUA